CGUUGCAAGUGGUGGCUAGGUGGUGGAGUCGAGCUCAAACCGACCGGGUGACAUCUACACGUUUGUGGCCGAGGGCUGCUACCCCCAGACUAUGAAUCCUAUACGAAAGAAGAAUCUCAAAAGAUAUGCUCAGAAAUUCAUAAUUGAUGAGGGUCGACUGUAUUAUGUGGGGCCCAAGAAGGAAGAGAAGCGAGAGGUGGUGAUUGAAGCGGAACGUAAGAGGCAUAUAUUCCUAGAGUGCCACUUCAAUGACGUCGGUCAUCACUUUGGACAAAAGAAGACUGUUCACAAGAUCUAAAGCAAGUAUUACUGGCUGGGUAUUGUGAAGGACGUCGUGGACUGGAUAAAGGUAUGUGAAACCUGUCAACGCUCGGAGAGGAACAAAAACAUGACAAGGACUGUUCGGCCAAUCAAAGUGGAAGCUCCCUGGGAAAUUCUAGGGAUUGAUAUAUUUGGUAAAAAAACUCAGAAAACUUCUUAGAAAAUUAAACUACUCAUCUAGUGUAACUGGUGUAAAAUGACUAGCUAGUUAGCUGUGCACGGUAGUAGUAGCGUUUCAAUUGGUGUCGUCACCUCAGCUGAGAAGUUGUAGUUGUUUCCCUGUUUCCCGCGGCUUUUGUGGAGCGAUUGGUGAUGAUGCUUCGUGGGAGGCAGUUGUCGAUGUGGUGAGAGGGUACCUGGUUCAAGCCGAGGGUGUGGCGAGGAGAGGGACAGAAGAAACACUAUUACACUAGUCUCAGAACAAUAGAUAAAAAGUUCAAACGCUUGUCUGACUUAGUUGAAUUUGCUCUUCUUUAGAAGAAAAGGAAAAGCCACACACUAAUCGCGCCGAUGGCAAAUAAAAUAUGGCAAUAUUUUGACAGCUAGCUGUCUUCAUCAGGGUUUCAUGUCAAGCACUGCAGGUCACCAGUGUAUAUAUAGGUUUCCAUUGGACACACACAGGUGUUUGCAAUCAUGGCUGGCUAUGGCAUGACAUCAUUGGUCAAUUUACACAUAACAAUAAUAUCGAGAAAAGCAUGAAUGGAUACACAAUGCUAAUAUCCUACAGUAGCCUAGAGUACACAAUUUAAUUUACAAUCAAUGGAAAAAAAAUCACGAAUAGCCUACAUCUUAAAAAGCCUUUAUAAUUUUUUUCAAAUAGAUAGAAAAAUCAGAAGAGUGACUGAUCAAACCUAAUUAUUCAGACCAAAGGAAGCGAGGGUCUUUAAAUUAAAGAAUCGGUUCUUCUUUUCACCAGGACCCUUCCCAGAAACCCAGCAAGGUAAUUCAAGCGUGGUAAUCAUCACAGAUUACUUCAGCAAGUGGGUGGAGGCAUUCCCCAUUCAAAAGAGAGAUUGCCUCUCUGUUGCCAGAUGUAUUUCUACAUCCAUUUACAGGUAGCCUAAUUAAACAUACAUACAUUUCAAUACUAAUUUGAAUAUGAUCUGCAAGGUACAACAACAAUCAUCAACAACAUGAGUUGUCAUGAGAUGGCGCUCAAUCACCAUAUCCCCCCCCUCCUACCAGGUUUGGGGCAGCAAAAACAAUUAUCUCCACACAAAGCGUUGACUUUUGUGGUGAGGUAACCAAGCACCUGUGUGACAGGUGGAACAUAGUGCAGAGUGUGUCUGCUGUGGAGCUGAACCCGCUACACGACCGCAGCAGUGGCCUGCUGAAGGAGGCCAUCACUCAGACAAAAGCUGCUCCUUUCAGUUACGACCAAGAGACGGAUUUGUAUCACUCAAAGAAAGAGGCCUCUGCUUGUAUGACAGUGAUGCAGGAACAGCAGAUCUCUGUCAAGCAGCUGGUGAUCGCCAACAUGAAUGCGGCCUACAAACAGGAGAAGAAGAAUGCCAAGAGAAGAUCUCGGAACAUGCCCUCCAUCACGUUCAAAGUCACCGACCCUAUGUUUUGCUCUGGAGAGUCACCCUCCCAGAAAAAACUGAAACCGAGCAUUUACUUGUCUUUCCCUGUAGAAACAGUCCUCGCCACUAGGCAAAGCUGCUCAGAUGACAAAAAGAGUGACUUGGAAUAACCCCUGGUUUCUGAUGUUCAUUGAGGCCUGCUAUGCUGGGGUUAUGGUAUACAGGGUACAGAAUUGAGACUCAUACAGUGACUGUAUUGAUGGCUCAAUUAUUUGUCUCGCUUCAGUGCUGCGAUGGAGACAUUCUGUCCACAUAGGUAAGCAGCUUCACCCCUGAGAGAAGAUUGGUAAACAUAGAGGCAACCAACAUCAAGAAUCCUGACCAAAAAUAUUGAUGAAUUAUUGGGUUGGUCACAUGUCCAAAUACAUAGGAUCCCCCUCGCAGUGCCUGGUGGAUUUGUGGUCUUGUCAUUGCUAUUGUGAUGCCUGUAGGUGCUAAAGGCCAAUUUGUUUUCAGCAAGAGGUGAACGAAAUUAAUACUUUUACACUAGAUCAUGUAGAAUACACCUAGAUUUCCACCUCUUUUCAAAAUCGGAUAUGAAGUCGCAUUGAUGUCAUGGAGCAGUGCACUUGGAGCCAGCAUCAGUUUUUUGGGGGCCCACACUUGGGAUACUUCAUAUCCACAAUCAGUCAUUCAUGAAUACUUUGAAUUUCAGCUCUGCUACAUGCUUUAGGGAAGAAAUGUUAUUCAUUGGCUUGGGUCCAUACCAAAUGAUGGCUUAAAAGUUUAUUGCUGUGCAUAGAUUCAAAAUUCCCCAUUGGCCACACAUUCUACUGACUAAUCUUUGAAUAGGGACAUCACCACACAACAAAGUGUUGUUAACAGACUCGGUACCCCUAAAGUGAUAAACAUGACUUUCACAUGGAAAUUACGAGUCACUUAAUGCACAUUGUAAUAAAUAAAUAUAUCAGUUAUCCUAUGUUUGUCCAAAUUAUCUCUCUUACACACAAAACACACACAAUCUCUGAGACUCUUUGAAUAAACCUCAUAAUAAUACACCGCAGGCUCUGGCUAUUUAGUCCGGUUGACGAGACUCACGUGAUUUAGCGCAGGGAGCACUGUGUCAGAAGGACCGGCUCUCUGGAUUGCCCCGCCAGUUCCGUCCUGGGAUGAUCUUGUAGGAGGAGCCUCGCACACCAUUUAUAUUACCGGUUGCCAUAUACAUUGCAUAAAGGAUCACCAGUGCAGUUUGAGUGCAAAUCGAUAUGAACUCAGAAUGCGACAGAGUGGCGAUUAGGCCAUGUCGCCUAAAAUAUAAUAAAUUACUGUAUCAAGGAAAGUGAUCGAAUAUCCGAGAGGAGAUAAGAGCGCCGCACGACUUGUUCAUUCUUCACAGGACACUAUCUCCCCACAGAUAGACUGAAACGUAAUGGGGGUCAUAGUAGUGGUGAGCUGUAUCUUGUUAUUUAUCCUGGUGGAUGUUAUUGUCACCACUGUCCUCUACUUACAUGGUUGCCAGACUGCAAUAUUCACAGAGGAUGUGCAGAACUUUGACAUUCUCCACUCCGUCCUGGACCUCUGGGGGACUAUGCUGGUCAGAGUCUGCCUUCUGCUUGGGGCCUCCAUAGGGGUGUUAUGGAACAGAGUGGACGGCCCAUGCAGGGUCUCUGCCCUGGGGACCCUGACUCUCCUAAUCUGCCUGACCGUCAGCACCUACGCCUUAGCUAAGCUCCUGAUGCUCUCAGAGCAGGGCGAUCUGGCUCACCAACCCUGGUUCCUCAGUCUGUUUUCCUGGACCUGUGUGUCAGUGCUGGGGACCGUGCUCCUCUGGAGGCUCCUGGGAAGGGCUCCUAACAUUGUGACUGACGGAGAGGGAGAUGGUGGAGGAAAUGUCUGUGAGGAGACUGAGAGGCUAGUGGAGGCAGCAGGAGAGAAUGGCACUGAGGAGGUGGAGGAGCAGCAGAAGCAUGGGGAGAAGAAGAGGAGUAGGGCGAGCAGGAAAGGAACAGAGGACCAGAAGAACUCAGGGGCCACACUGGGGCGUCUGCUGUCCUACUGCAGUAAAUACGCUGGGCUGCUCUCUGUAGCCUUCCUCUUCCUCCUCAUCUCUGCUGUGUGUGAGGCCUUCAUCCCCUACUACACUGGGCAGGCUAUAGAUGGCAUUGUUAUUCACAAGAGUAUGGAGUACUUCACCAAGCCCCUGAUCACUCUCACUGUGUUGGCCUUAGUCAGCUCUAUAGCUAUUGGAGUACGAGGUGGCCUCUUUAAUCUAACCUUUGCCAGACUGAAUCUUCGCCUGCGGAAUCUUCUCUUCAGAUCUCUGAUGCGUCAGGAGGUGGGCUUCUUUGACUCAAACCACACAGGUGACAUCACCUCUCGCCUGACCUCUGACACUACUCAAGUGAGUGACCUGAUCUCUCAAAAUGUCAACAUGUUCCUGAGGAGUAUGGUUAAGGGCAUAGGGUUCUUCAUCUUCAUGUUCGGGAUGUCCUGGAAGCUGACUCUGGUCACCAUCAUGGGAUUCCCCUUCAUCGCAGUCAUCUCCAAUGUGUAUGGGGAGUACUACAAGAGAUUGACCAAAGAGGUCCAGACUGCCCUGGCUCAGGCUAACCAGGUGGCCGAGGAAACUGUUUCAUCCAUGAAGACGGUGCGCAGCUUUGCCAAUGAGGAACAGGAGGCUGAUUCCUACUACAGCAGGCUGCAUGUCAUGUUUCAACUGAACAAGAAGCAAGCGUUGGCCUACGCCCUCUACAUGUGGUCCAGUUGUAUCUCAGAACUUGUUCUUCAAGUGGCAAUCCUCUUCUACGGCGGUCACCUGGUCAUUACUGAGCAGAUGAGUGGAGGCACCCUGAUAUCUUUUGUCAUAUAUGAGCUGGAGCUGGGAGAGUGCCUGGAGAGCAUAGCAUCGGUCUACACAGGUCUCAUGCAGGGAGUGGGAGCAGCUGAGAAGGUGUUUGAGUAUAUCGACAGGGAGCCCAAACACCAACAUGAUGGGAAAGAGGUCCCCGACACCUGCAAAGGACUGGUCGAGUUUAAAGAUGUCACGUUUUCCUACCCAACACGGCCCGAAACAGACAUUCUAAAGAGUGUAUCCUUCACGUUGCGGCCUGGAGAGGUGACAGCCUUGGUUGGACCAUCUGGCAGUGGAAAGAGCUCCUGUGUGGGUCUCUUAGAGAACUUCUACGCCCCACAACAAGGCCAGGUGCUGCUGGAUGGCCGGCCGGUGCACACCUACCAGCAUGGCUUCCUCCACUCGCGGGUAGCACUAGUGGGCCAGGAGCCUGUCCUGUUCGCCCGUUCUGUAGAGCAGAACAUAACCUAUGGACUGACUGACAUCCCUAUGGAGGCUGUGGUGCAGGCUGCCACCGAGGCAAACGCACACGACUUCAUCACCGGUCUAACCAACGGCUAUAACACAGGAGUGGGUGAGAAGGGCACCCAGUUGUCAGGGGGGCAGAAGCAGCGGGUGGCCAUCGCACGGGCACUCAUCCGCAACCCACAUGUUCUCAUCCUGGACGAGGCCACCAGUGCACUGGAUGCAGAGAGCGAACAUGUUGUCCAGCAGGCUCUGAACAACAUCAUGCGUCAGCACACAGUGCUGGUGAUCGCCCACCGCCUCAGCACAGUGGAGAGGGCAGACAACAUCAUAGUCAUCAACCGCGGCUGUGUGGUAGAGCAGGGACCACACAGCCAACUGAUGGCCAAGGGGGGGCUCUACUGCAAGCUGGUACAGAGGCAGGUCCUGGGCAUCGAGACGGGGGCCGUUCUUAACCCUCCAGAGGUGGACAUCUGAGGGUGGUAGUCAGCGGAGGCAGAGCGGACAUGAUAGCAGCAGUGCCAGCGAGUCAAAAUGUGAACACCACGCUACUGAGAGAGGUUCCUAGGGCUUUAUUGGUAGCUAACACUGACUGACUGGCACUGCUGAGCAGUGCCUCGAAACCAAGGCAUUACAUUACUCUUGAUGUUUUAUUUGCACAUUAUGUUGUCCUGUAGCUCAGUUGGUAGAGCAUGGCGCUUGUAACGCCAGGGUAGUGGGUUCGAUUCCCGGGACCACCCAUACAUAGAAUGUAUGCACACAUGACUGUAAGUCGCUUUGGAUAAAAGCGUCCGCUAAAUGGCAUAUAUUAUGUUGAAUAGAUUCAACUCAAGUCUAUUUUACAGUGUUCAAAACCUUGAAUAUUUGCUAUUGAAUAAUCAAUAAGAGUAGUCAUUUGACCAGUUCUUCUGGACAUGAAUGAGCAACACGCUAAUUAGUUAAUCCUAGUGGUGAUAUUACACUAAACAAAAAUAUAAACACAACAUAUAAAGUGUUGGCCCCAUGUUUCAUGAGCUGAAAUAAAUUAUCCAAGACAUUUUCCUAUACGUACAGUAAGCUAUUUUAUUUAAAAAUGUGUUUACAUCCCUGUUAGGGAGCAUUUUUCCUUUGCUAAAAUAAUCCAUGCACCUGAUUAAACAGCAUGAUCAUUACAUUUACAUUUUACAUUUAAGUCAUUUAGCAGACGCUCUUAUCCAGAGCGACUUACAUUACACAGGUGCACCUUGUGCUGGGGACAAUAAAAGGCCACAAAUGUGCAGUUUUGUCAUACAACACAAUGCCACAGAUGUCUCAGGUUUUGAGGGAGUGUGCAGGAAUGUUCACCAGAGAAGUCAGAAAAUUGAAUAUUAAUUUCUCAACGAUAAGCCGCCUCCAAUGUUGUUUUAGAGAAUUUGGCAGUACAGCCAACCGGCCUAAACCGCACACCACAUGUAACCACCCCUGCCCAGGACAUCCACAUCUGGCUUCUUCAUCGGCAGGAUAAUCUGAGACCAGCCAUCCGGACAGCUGAUGAAACUGUGGGUUUGCACAACCAAAGAAAUUCUGCACAAACUGUCUGUGUGCUUGCCCAAGUCUUCACCAGGGUCUUGACCUGAUGGUAGUUUGGCAUCGUAAUGGUCUUCAGUGGGCAAAUGCUCACCUUCGAUGGCCACUGGCACGCUGGAGAAGUGUACUCUUCACAGAUGAAUCCAGGUUUCAACUGUACCGGCCAGAUGGCAGACAGCGUGUAUGGUGUUGUGUUGGCGAGCGGUUUGCUGUUGUCAACAUUGUGGUGCCUCAUGGUGGUGGUGGGGUUAUGAUAUGGUCAAGCAUAAGCUAUGGACAACGAACACAAUUGCAUCUUAUCGAUGGCAAUUUGGAUGCACAGAUACCGUAACAAGAUCCUGAGACCCAUUGUUGUGCUAUUCAUCCGCGUCAUCACCUCAUGUUUCAGCAUGAUAAUGCACGGCCUCAUGUCACCAGGAUCUGUACACAUUUCCUGAAAAUGUCCCAGUUCUUCCAUGGCCUGCAUACUCACCAGACAUGUCACCCAUUGAGCUUGUUUGGGAUGCUCUGGAUUGACUUGUACGGCAGCAUGCUCCAGUUCCCGCCAAUAUCCAGCAACUUCACACAACCAUUAACAUUCACCAGGCCACAAUCAACAGCCUGAUUAACUCUAUGUGAAGGAGAUAUGUCGUGCUGCAUGAGGCAAAUGGCGGUCACACCAGAGAAGUAUCUGUGAACAACAGAUGCAGAUCUGUCCCAGACAUGUGAAAUCCAUAGAUUAGGGCCUAAUUAAUUAAUUGCAGUCCAUAGAUUAGGGCCUUAUGCAUACAUUUCAAUUGAAUGAUUUCCUUAUAUGAAAUGUAACUCUUUGAAAUUGUUGCAUGUUGCGUUUAGAUUUUUGUUCAGUGUAUGAAUAUCGUUAAUAUAAUUGAUUGUAUGACGUACAAAACAAUAAUAGUAUUGUGAUACUUUAUUUGUAAUUGCAAUAUUAGGUGGAAAUUGUAAAGUUAUCUCUGUGUGCAUCUAGGCCUUUCUGUAUCUGGUUAAUUUGUAAACGUAUACUGUAUACAGGACAGAGAGGUGCCUUCACUGGAUGAGAAUGUGCAGACUGUAUUUAUUCUAUGCAAUGGGAAGUGCAAUGUCUUGAAACUAUAUGACACUAUCAUUGCUGAAUAGAUUAGAUUUCAUGUGGAUGCUGUCCAAUACUUGAUUUUGCACAAGUAAAAGUGAAUGUACAGAAUUAACAAAGACAUGACUGCAACCAG